AUGGAAGACGAGGACUACGACAAGAAGUUGAAGCGCCGGCAGCGGAAUAAGGAGGCCGCGGCCAGAUGCAGGCAGAGACGGCUAGAGUUGAUGCACACGUUGCAAGAGCAAGUCGACAAGCAAAAGGACGAGAACCGCAAGAAGGACAAUCAAAUCAAGGAGCUGAAGAGCCAGAUCACGGACCUCCAACGAUUCCUCCAAACGCACGACUGCAAAAUGACGCCCGAGCAGCGGUCCCAAAUCCCGGUCGGCAUCCCCCACACAUCGCAGAACCCGAAGGAGGAGCAGACGCUCGCCCAGCUGAACAUGAACAAUUCGGAGGACUUGCAGCGACCCGAUCGGCUUUUCGAGCUGCCCGCCACGUCGACGGGCUCCAGCUCGAUCGCGUUGGUCACGCCCUCCCAGGGGCUCAGCUCGACACCCUACCAGCCAAACUCGCUCUUUGGAAAUAUUUCCUUUACUCGAAUCAACAGCUCCUCCCCGUGCCACGCAGGCGCUCGCGCAGCCCAGCCUGAGGGAUUGAUCAACAUGUCGGAGGUGUCGGCCCUGUUCGCCAAGCGCAAGGACAAGCAGAAGAAGCCGAAGGUCGUCUCGAUAGACGCCGUCGCCGAGGUGCUCGUCCGCCACGCCAACAAGGCGGAAUUCGAAGCUUUCGCUGAGGUUGAAGACUCGCGCCCAAACGUUGAUGCGCCGCCGCUGCGACCCGGCGUUGACACCGAGUGGAUCGACGAAUUUGAGGAUGACUGUGGACGACUCGAGGGCCUUGGCAUCAAAGACAUGGGCGCCGAGAUCAGCGAGAAGGAGGAAAAAGAAGACGGGCAGACCGAUGACGAGUCCUCGGCGCCAAUCGUCGCCAAGCCGGCCACCGGCGGCGCCUACCGGCCGAAGGUCUACCGCGCGCCCCGUGCCAACAUCGACCUCACCAAUCAGGAAAUGUUCCCGACAAUCGGCGCCGCCGUCGAGAUGGAGAAGCAACACAAGGACGACAAGAAGAACCCGUGGACUUCCGUGGAGCAUCCGCCGGCCUCUGGCGGAAGAUACGUGCCGCCGAACAGGCGAGGCGAUGAUGACGCCGAUUUUGCCGCUACCCGCCGGGCUGAAAAGGAAGACGCCAUCGCCGCCGCCCGCGCCAUGACGCGCACGCCGACGCCCAGCGCUCCACGCCCCGGCCCGGCCGUCGACUCGAAGCCCAGCGCCCCUCCCGCCCAAGUUGACGCCAAGCCGGAAAAGAAGGCCGAAGCCACGCCUGAAGAAACGAAGCCCGCCGCCGCUCCCACCAAGCCCAAAUACGUGCCGCCACAUUUGCGC